GGGCAGACCCUCGCGCCGGCCCGCCGGGCGCUCGCGGGGCGCUCAGGUGACGCCUUCAUGGAGGGGGCGGAAGCGGAGGCGCGGGAGGGGGCCGCCGUGGCCCAGGACCUGCUGGCUCUGGGGUAUGAGGGCUUCGCGGAGGCGGCGGCGCGGGGCCCCUCAUGCCCGGACUUCAGGGCUCUGUGCGCGCGGCUGGUGGCAGAGCUGGAGGCUCUGGGCGCCCUGGGGCGGGAGCAAGAGGAGGGCGCGGAGGCGCUGAACGCCGGCGAGGGCCCCGGCGCGGAGGACGAAUUCCUGAGACUCUUGGCCGGCCCGCUGCGGGCGCUGCACUGCCCGGACGGCGCGCUCUCCGCCGGACGCUGCGAGGCGGCGCUGUGGGAGCCUAGCGCGUGCCUGCGUCUGCUGCGCUUUCUCUGCUCGGAGCUCCAAGCUGCCCGCCUCCUGCGCCUGCGCUCCCUGCUGGACCCCAGCCCUGUGCCGCCUGGUGAGCGAGGGGCAGAGGAGGGAACCGGAAUGGUCCGGGAACUGGUCCUUAUCCUACAAGCUCUGGGGCUGCCUGGACCCACGCCGGGGAUCCCCGCCAGCCGGUUGCUGCAGGAGUUUCAUGCCAAGAUCUUGGAGCUGCUGCCUUCCCUGCCGGCAGAGACCAUGCAGCCCCUCCUCGGCCACCCGCUAGACUCACCCAGAUGGGAAGCCUUGGAGUCCCUGUCUCAAAGCUUGCGAGACCAGUACUGCUGCCGCCGCUGCCUCCUCCUCACACGCCUAGACUUCACAACAUCUGCUUUCCACUGGAAUGAUCAGGCACAGGCCCAGGGAGAGGCUAUGAAGGCAGUGCUGAUCCCGAUUCGGGAGGCUCUGACCCCAGAAUCCGCUGUCUCUAUCGCCCAUGUCCUGGCUGCCCGAGCUGACCUGUCUCGCCUUGUCCCAGCCACCAGUAUGGCUGUCCGCCGAGGGACCUGCUGUGCCAUCAACAAGGUGGGCACCUGGGGGUGGGGAAAGGCCCUGACAACCUUGGCCUCCAGAUCCUUUCAGCCUUUGCCCGGUUUAGCCUGUCCUUUCUCAUCUGGGUUCCUGCUCCAGCCCUCAAGACUCGCCAUGUCUAACCCAUCUACCACAGGGCAGCCAGAAGGAUCUUUCCAACACAACAAUCUGACCAUAACCCUUCCUAGGUUAAGAUCCUUCCAUGGCUCCCCAGUGCUUUCAAAAUAAAGUCCAACUUUUUACUGAGCCCCUGCCCACCUCUCCAGCUUUGGCUUAGAAUCCUUUCCCACCACCCUAUUCUGUUGACUGUAUUAGUUUUAAUUUUAAGUAGAAAUACCCUUUGUUUAAAUGAUUACAUAUUUAGCCACAUACCCCCUGAGCAAUUUUAGACUUAUGCAAAUAAGUACUAGGGAAUAAGGUCUAGAACAGCUAAGAGUAAGGCAAAAUUUAAGUUACGAACAAAAAAAAAGUGAUUUGUUCCUAGGAAAAGUAGUAAGUAAAUACUGGUGGUGCACAAAUGAUGGAUAUUUAGAAAAACCACUGGUUUGCUGAAAAUGUUAUACAAAACCCCAUAUAAAAAAUAGACAAAACAGGUAUUUUUAUUAAUCCUGGUUGGGGCCUUGGGCCUCUGUCGUCCCCCUCACCUUUGUUUCCUUCUUGCUGAGGCCCCUGGAACCAGUUUGAAAGCCCCUGGCCCACGUCUUUCGCCAAUUCAGCUCUCCCUCCCAGCUACUGUACCUAAACAGUCAACAUUUGCCCUUCCUUUUUCAGUCUUAUGCUGUUCCCUUUGCUCUCUGGCCCCCUUGUCCAAGGUAAUUGUCUUCUCUGAAUCUCGAAUCUAAUAAACCGUCAGGUGCUUAUGGGCAAUGUGCCAGACCGGGGAGGCCGCCCAAAUGAGCUGGAGGCUCCCAUGCCCAGCUGGCAGAGCCGAAGAGAGGGCGGAGAUGGGCGGAAGGCAGGCCGCCAGUGCUGGGGCCGCAAGAAGAAGAAGAAGAAGU